UAGACAACACCCAUAUUCUCCCUCAAAUCCCUCUCCUCCCCUCUCUCCCAGGGGCUCCUCUCUAAUUCAACAACAUGCAGGUCUUCGUCAAAACCCUAACUGGAAAGACCAUCACUCUCGAAGUCGAGAGCAGCGACACCAUCGACAAUGUCAAGGCCAAGAUUCAGGACAAGGAAGGUAUCCCACCAGAUCAGCAGAGAUUGAUUUUUGCUGGAAAACAGUUGGAAGAUGGCCGUACUCUUGCAGAUUACAACAUUCAAAAGGAGUCAACACUUCAUUUGGUACUGAGGCUUAGGGGAGGAACUAUGAUUAAGGUGAAGACUCUAACUGGAAAAGAAAUAGAAAUUGAUAUCGAACCAACUGAUACCAUUGAUCGGAUCAAGGAACGGGUUGAGGAGAAGGAAGGUAUUCCUCCGGUGCAGCAGAGGCUUAUUUAUGCUGGAAAGCAGCUUGCGGAUGACAAAACAGCUAAAGAUUAUAAUAUCGAGGGUGGCUCUGUACUUCAUCUUGUGCUUGCACUAAGGGGUGGUACCUCUCAAUAAUGCUUCUGGUGGAUGGACGAAGAAAGUUGUUUGGUUUCUGUUUCAUAUUGGUGAUGAUAGAAAUGCUGAAUUGCAUGUACUGAGUUGGAAACCAUAAAAGUUGUGGCAAAACAUAUUCUAGUCAGCUGCCCUCAUUUGCUGCGUUGUAUAUCUCUGUUGUGCACCAGUGUGGAUGAUAUAUUAUGCUGCAGGUUUGAAUUUAUUUACCGUUACUUGGUUGAA